AUCUACUGUCCCUUACUUAGUUCACUGGCCACUGGUGUGUGUGUUCUGGUUUGUUCGGAGAAACUUACGAAAGUGUGAUAAAUUAUGAAGGUUUUUAUCAUCCUCUCUGUGGCAAUUAGCCUUGUGGUCGCGGCCCCAUCUGUUGACCCGGAAGACCAGGGUAAAUCAGUUGAGAAGCGCGGUCUUCACGACAGCCACUAUGCACUGGAUGAUCAUCACCACCUCGUGGAUAAGAAGGUGAUCAUCACCAAGAAAGUUCCGGUGCCGUAUCCGGUGGAAGUGGAGAAACACGUCAAGGUCCCAGUUCCAUAUCCGGUGCCGGUGGAGAAGAAGGUUCCGGUGUAUGUGGAAAAGUCGGUUCCUGUCUACAUCGAGAAGAAGGUUCAUGUUCCUGUUGAUCGUCCAGUUCCUGUCCCAUACAAGGUUCCAGUGGAAGUUCCCGUCGUCCACAAGGAGUACGUUGAAGUCCCCAAGCCAUAUCCGGUGCAUAUCGAGAAGCCCUAUCCAGUCUACGUAAAGAAGCCGGUCUACAUCGAAAAGCCUGUUCCUGUGUCGAUUAAAAUCAAGCACCAUAAGCAUUGAUUACGUUCCUCAAUCUAGCUCCUAUGUGUCGUCAAAUGUCUUGUGUUUUUGCCUGUGUGCGAUGAGUGUGAAUGGUUAACUAUUAAUAAACAAAAUUGUUAUAGAA